AUGUCUAUAAGUGAACCAUUGUUAAUUUCUUAUAACAAUUCCACUCCGGUGACUAUGAUAUCUGAUGAACAAAAUAAAUCAACAACAGAUCUGGCUACUCAACCUCCUGGUAAACGGAUUUCCAAAGCCCGCAAAUCUGGUUCUGCAGGUCAUCAAAGUAAUAAUGAGGUGAAGACUAGUAACACCGAUGAUAUGAACACUUGUGUCAUUAACUCUACCGUGGACAACCGAGAGCUCGAUCGUCUUAAAUUCACCAAUCCAGGCAGGCAGAUGGAAGGUCUGAAGGUUAGUUGGUCUGAAGCCAAUCUAACACGGAGUGUCCGCAGACAAUUGUCUGUUAAACCUAUUCGUAAGGCAUCAGAUCGUUUACCUCCGUUAUAUGAUUCUCGUGGCCGUUUUCUAGAAACUUUGGAAGAUGUUUGCGAUUGCCUUAAACCUAAGUGUCCUGGCUGUCAUUUACCAUGUCGCCGAUGUCAUUCUAUGCUUUGUGGAGCGACAUGUCGUAUUUAUCGAACUUUCCGUGUCCAGGAAGUCAAUUUGUUUAUUUAA